AUGAGUUUCAACAUAAGACAGCCAUCGAAACUAGUCACCAGCCUUAGGGCUUUUCCACGAAUCACUUCACGUUCAACUCCAAUCCGAUCAUUCAGACUCCAGUCAUCUACCCCAUUUAUCGCCUCACAAAUAUCUAAAUCUAGUAAAAGACAGAGCUUCGGAUCCUUCUUCAAUCAUUCAUCAAGAAAGUACCAUGCAGAACCUAUUGCAAAUCCUGGAAACCUGGUACAGAAGCUAAUCGUUGGUGGUGCAAUAUGUGGGGGUACAGUACUCGCUAUCAACAUGGUCUUCAAUCGCGAAACCCGGGAAGACGGUGGUAUGCCACCCUACGAGAGAGCUUAUCUUAACGAUACAUUCCUCCAUACCGGCCUAGGUAUCGGUAUCAUAGGACUCUCAGCCAAAGCAAUGUUCCAAUCCGGUGCUAUGUAUCGUAUGAUGGCAACAAAUCCCUGGAUAGUUAUGAUUGGAGGACUAGGCCUUAGUUUUGGCACCAUGAUGGCUACUCGCGCCACCGACCCCUCAAAUUACAUUCAAAAAUACGCAUGUUGGGCUGCAUUCAAUGGGACCCAAGGAGCAUUACUCGCCCCUUUGCUAUUUAUGGCACCACCGGCACUUAUCGCGAGGGCCGGCCUUUAUACUGCCGCUAUGAUGGGAUCAAUUGCGUUUGUUGGCGCAACUGCUAAGCAAGAGAAGUAUUUGUACCUUGGCGGACCCCUGCUCGCAGGUGCCGCACUUGUUGCUGUAUCAGGUCUCGCACCGUUGGUUCUUCCGAUCACCGCAACCCGUACGCUAGCUUUUACAGAAAACAUAUGGCUGUAUGGUGGACUUGCAGUUUUUGGUGGGUUCACUCUAUACGAUGUGCAGAAAGUAUUGAUGCACGCUAGAAUGGCACAGCGAGGAUUGUUACAAAGAGAUCCGGUCAACGAGAGCAUUAGUCUUGAGCUAGAUUUCUUAAACAUAUUUGUUAGAAUGGUGCAAAUUCUGAUGAUGCAACAGUCGAGAAGAAAGUAG